CAAAAUUUUGCCGAUUUGCCGAUUCUGAACCAGUACAGAAGAAAACACAUUUUAGUUAAAAUAUAUAUCUAUAGAUUUAUUAAAUUCGCCAAAAUAACUCAUUCUAAGAAAAGCAUGCAAUGCAAAUGCACAUGUAUUUUAGUUUAUAAACGAAACAUAACCUCUUUUUUUAGCUUGUUUUCAUUUUGUUUUUGACACAUUGCUAAUUAAAGCAUGAAUUUACUUAUGGAGGUUGGAAAAUUUAAUUAUUUAAUACAUUAUGAAAUAAAAUAAGAUUAUUUAGUAAUAAGUAACUAAGAAAUAUAAAGUUAAAAUAAUUGAAGUUAAAACGUGCAAAAUUGCGAGACUUUAUACACGUUUGUAAUUCAAGAACAAGAAUUCCAAUACCAUCUUAACACGUGCAGUGGCAAAAAUUUACAGUGCCAAACAUUUACACGGAAACAUGUUUCAUGUGGUCGCAUUGCAUGAAAAACAGUAAAAGUAAUGUAGGAUAUGUAAAGUCCUAUAUUAUUUGGUUAUUAUUAUUUAAUUCAAUUUUAAAAUCUUUAUGUAAGUUAAUUUAAAAAUAUUUCCAUCACUAUAUUACGAACAUUUCUUUGCAGUUCAAAGAAAUUGGUAGCCAUGCUCUAAAUAAAGCAAGUUUUUGUUCUUAUCUAACUUUACCUUGCUGGUGAUAUAUUUAUUUACAAUAUAUUAGAUCUAGAACGAUAUUAAAAUAUAGGAUGUUUAAGUUUGAUAUGUACGGCUGGCACACUUGGCUAAGAAAUGAUGCAAUUUCAAAGUAUGUAAUAGUACGAAAAGGGAAAAGGAAACUGGUGGAUUUUCUGGUUAUGACAGGCACUAUAAUUUUUUCCAUAUCAUCGUCUGAAAAUUAACAACGGCAGAAACGCUGAUUCAACUAAAUAUCGACAAAAUCAGCUUCUGCCUUUUCGUAUCGGCACAACUCUAAUUGUGCUGUUGCAUCACGCCAUCACAUUAUUUUGAUUCCUGCAAAAUGAUGUGUGUAGUGUAUUCAUCCUAAUCCAUGCUAUUCAUUACAGCAACCUAUUAAAAUUUACACAUUAUGUGCAUAAUCAUGCAAUUUUAACAUGCCUGGCUUGCACACAAUGUCAAGCUAGCUGCAAGUGGAAUGCUGGUUCUAUGUUGUCUAAAAAUUGGUGGCAACUGAAACCAAUUUGUAGAGUAAUUUUGUGUGCAGUAUAGUAAGCAUUUACUUAACGACAUCCAGUAGAAUCCCUUUUACACCUUGACUUUACACUUUCCUGUGUAUUACUGUAUCCUACUGUAAUGAUGAUACAGUAUUAAUUUCCCACACCCACUUCCCUUCUCUCUCUCCCCCUUUAUUAGUAUUACAAAAUUUUAUCUUUGUCCCUUGGAAAGUGUUAGGUGUUCCUCUGAGUUUAGAAUAAAAAUGCUCAUUUGACAAUGAUCAAAAUGUGUUUUAUGAAAAAGCAAGAAUUAUAAAAAAAAAGGGCUUGAAAUAGUCACAAAAUCAAUGUAUACAUAAUUUAAUUGUAUACAUUUAUCGAUUGUCCUAGCAGUCAUUGAAUGAUGAAUAUUAUACCUUAAAUGGCAAGGUACUAAGGUACACUUUAAGUACAUUAUCAGAAAAAAAAAAUUAAUGACUGUUAGUUUCUUAGUUUUGAGAGUAAAAAUUACCAAUAAAGAUAUUUUACAUUGUAAAUUCAAAAAUUAGAAACACUUGCUGGUAUUAUCUGUAAUACGUUAUUUACCAUGCCGACGGCAGCUUACUUUGCAGUAGAUCCAUACUUGUACUGCUAUGUCAUGUUGUUCAGAGUACUUAGUUGGGAUUAAAUCAUAGAUAUUAAUUCUCUUCUGUAUGAAUUAUAAUUUUUAAAGUUACAUACUUCAACACACUAUUUUGUGAAUUCCACAUCAAUGCAACACCCAAUCAUUGAAUUUUGUGUACUAAAAGUAUACAGAAUUCAUGCAGAGGUCUUACAUUUAUCCUGCGUUGUUUUCGUUAUUUUCAUUGUGGCUUAGUGUUUGCUGCUGUCCAUAAAAUUUGUCAUUUUAACUAGCUUUAUACAUUAGUUUUUUCCUCCCAGGCCUCUAAAAACAAUUUUGGAUGUGUCCUUACCUAAAUGUUGCAUUGUGGUACCUGCUAUUGAGAUGCCCCAAGCCAAAUUUCCUUAACCUUUACUGGUGUUACCUAUAAUUUGUUUACAUAUUUCCUGAAGUCCAGGACACCUGGCUAGGAUUUGCAUGCACUCUGAUGCAAAGAUGUUAUAUUUCUGUUGCAUGUAUUGAUGGUGCUGCCGAUAGAGGAAUUGCUGAUCAUAGCAGUAGGCAUCUGUUUAUCAUCAGCGGGGCUUAUUUUGUGAUCUUUUAAACUGUAUUAGAUUCUCUUGCUUGAGUGUUUCGGUGUGCCUUCGUGGUCAAAUUGUGGCUGGCAGCUGUUGUCGAGUGUGCAACCCAUCAUAGAGACAAUGGAAAGUGUUAACAGGUUACACCGAGUCAGUCGCCAGAGAAGUCAUUCCCAUUUUAUUGAUGUGUUCACAUUUUUGCUGUAUGAUUAUAUACUUGCAAUUUUGUAUUGAAUUUCAUUGUUGUGUUACAAAAUCCUUCACAAAUUUCCCUGUUGUCAAAGGAAAUGCUUGCUGUGGUGUACUUGUUAAUUUGUGUUCUGAUGUCUGUUAUAUUGUAUGUACUUAAAACUUGUUGAUCUUCAGUGUAGUAAUUUAUUAAAUUAUCUUUAAGUAAGGCCUAAUGCUCCAGUGUUUCAUGUGUUGCACUACAAAAUAAAAUGUGUUACAAACACUAUAAGUGAGUGAAUUCAUGAUCACUUCAAGUGUGAAUAGCAAGAGAAAGUUUCAGUUGUAGACCAUGUGAGACAAACAUCAGAAUGAUUCAAGAUUUAACUGAUUUUGAAUAAAAGUUAUGCUACCAAAUUUUUGAAGUAUAUAUUAGUUUGGUACUGUCUGCAUGUAAAAAUCAGGAAAUGUGAAAAUUUUUGAUUACACUGAAUGGUUGCCCUGAUAAAGAACCUCAAAACCGAUGGAAUAAUAAUGAACAAACUGCUCCCUUGAAAUGGUUUAUUUAGUGAAAGCUGUAACUUUGACCACCAAAUCAAGAAAUCUGCAGAAUUACAUUAAACAGUUACAUAGAGUUCAACCAAACAUACAUCAAUGAAAGUUUUUUCACUAGUUAGUUGAGCCAACUCUUUCUUCUCUCAUUUACUAAGCUAGCUCCUGUUUCAGAUGAUGUGCCACAAUAUCUUUCGUUGUUGAAUGUUUUAUAUGUUGCAUAUGAAAGAAAGAUUACUGAAAAAUAAUACUUUUUCAAAUGAAUAAUUUUUUUAGAGGUAACUAUAAACAGUAAUGUGUGCUAACCUGGAAGGAUUUUCUACGUAAACCCUUGACUUCAUCUGUAAGCACAUCAUAAAACAUUACAAAGGUUACAUGUUCAGGCCCCUGUCGAGACCCUGAGCAGUUCUUGCAGCUCAACAAAACCCCCUACUUGACCAGCCCUGAAGGAGGUGCAGACUUGCCAACCUUUACGAUUUUUUCGUAAAAUGUACGAAAAUCACGUCCGUUUUACGAUUGUACGAGGAUGUCUGCAUUUUUUACGAAUUUUAAGUACAAGACGUUUAUUAAAACAUGUAUUUUCCGUCUGCCUUAAAUGUUUUAUUGUAUGGUUUGUGAAAGCUGUUGCCAUGUGUUGUUGCUGUGGAAACGAGUGCGGUAAUUGAGUUAUAUUAUUGGUCGAAGGCCAGCGAACCACGUAAUUUGUUGUUUGAUUGUAUAUCUUUCCUUAUUGGCCGCCUGAGUUACAUUGAUGCGCUUACAACCAAUUACGAACCAGUUUAAAUAGCAUUUUUAGUUUGGCAAGAUGGUGUCGUGCAUAAGCGUAUGUUGUGACUCUUCAGUUAAAGUUGAGCCAAUUUUGAUUUUGUUUAUUACAGGUUAGGAAACAAAUUUAUUGCAUGUUUUUAAUAAAAAUGUGUUAUGUGCACAAUUAACGGAAGUGGAAUCAAGUGAAGAAUAAAAUGCCCCCGAAACGUGAUACGCAUUAUUCUCAGGCAUUUCGUGAUACAUACACGCGGGAUUUUCCGUGUAUUCUUAAAUCAAGCAAGGGAACACAGUUCGCAUUUUUUUCAGUGUGUAGAUGCGACAUCAACAUUGGGCACGGCGGAAGAUAUGACAUCAAUCUCCACGUGAACUGUUCAAAACAUCUCGCAAAUGUUAAAAGUGUCGCAGUGAGUUCAAAGGAAUGCAUAAAACCAGUCAAGAUACAAAAGACAGAAAGUGGAACUGGAGCUAAAAUUACUAUUCAAGAUGAUGGUGCUUAUGUUCAUUUGAGCAAAGGACGGGAGACGAGGCUCCAGAAGGUGGAGAUCUCCUUGUCAGACUGCCUGGCAUGCAGCGGCUGCAUCACGUCGGCCGAGAGCGUGCUGGUGGCUCAGCAGAGCCACGAGGAGGUGGUCAGGGUCUUCAGGGAGAACCAGCAGCUGAGGCAGAGCGGCAGACCCGAGGAGGCCAAGCUGCUGGUCGUGUCGUUGUCCGUGCAGCCCGUGCUCUCCCUGGCUGCGAGGUACGGCUUGUCUCCCGGAGAGUGCGCUGAGAGGCUGUCAGGCUACUUCAAGUCGCUGGGAGCAGACCUCGUGCUGGACUCGACAGUGGCUGACGACCUGGCGCUGCUGGAGAGCCAGCGGGAGUUUGUCGAGAGGUUCCAGGCGGCCCAGGAAGGACCGGAGAACGCAGCCACGCAGCUGCCCAUGCUUGCGUCGUCCUGCCCAGGUUGGGUGUGCUACGCAGAGAAGACGCAUGGCAGCUUCAUCCUGCCCUACAUCUCGACCACCAAGUCCCCGCAGCAGAUCAUGGGCUCCCUCGUGAAGGGGCACCUGGGUCGACCCCCGCAGCAGGUGUACCACGUCACCCUCAUGCCCUGCUACGACAAGAAGCUGGAGGCCUCUCGCGAGGAGUUCGUCAACCACGACCUGGGGACGAGAGACGUCGACUGCGUCAUCACUGCCAUCGAGCUGGAGCAGCUGCUGCAGGCGGAGGGAGUGGAGCUGGGGGGCGUGGGGCCAGCCUCCCUGGACUGUCCCUGGGGGGCGGCCCAGGGCCUGUGGUCGCACAGGGGCUCUGGCUCGGGGGGCUACGCCGACCACAUCUUCACCCAUGCCGCCAAGGAGCUGUUUGGAGAAGAGGUGCCAGCCGUGCAGUUCAGGACGCUCAGGAACCCAGAUUUCCGAGAGGCGGUGCUGGAGAAGGACGGCGAGGUGGUGCUGAGGUUCGCCAUCGCCAAUGGCUUCCGCAACAUCCAGAACCUGGUGCAGAAGAUGAAGCGAGGGAAGACUGCCUACCACUACGUUGAAGUCAUGGCCUGUCCCUCAGGUUGCCUGAACGGCGGGGCACAGGUGCGGCCGCAGGGCAGCACCACCGCCAGAGAGCUGACUCAGCAGCUGGAGCUGGCGUACGCCUCCCUGCCGCGGCGAGCCCCGGAGGACAACCCGGCCGUGGCGACCCUGUACGCAGAGUGGCUGGGGGGCGCGCACUCAGACAAGAGCCGCUCCCUGCUCCACACCGGCUACCGAGCCGUCCAGAAGCUCAGCACCGCGCUCAACAUCAAGUGGUAGUUUGUAUAUAGGUGAAAUAAAUGAUGUUCUUUAAAACUACUUUUUAUAAGAGAAGGUUGUACAGAAAUUUCUGUAAAUUAUAAACACACAUAUAACAAGAAA